AUGGAACAAGUAAAAUCUGCACUCAAACUAGUUGAAACAAUCGUUACUGAGAACACGGAUAAUCUCAUUGCAGGCGAUUUAGAAGACAAAAGCAAUAAACAAAAUGCAUCAGAAUCGAAAAGCACAGAUCGUGAACAAAUGAAACUAGAAAAUACUCAAGGAAUCAUACAGAGAUUUUAUCAUCAUUUACAUUUUACCGUUGUUAAAGAUCGUGAUAUAGCUAGCAAAUAUGAUUAUUAUACAUCCACGGCUUAUACAGUUCGUGAUCAUCUUGUUGGUCGAUGGAUUCGUACAAAUCAAGAUCAUUUUAAAAAUGAUGAAAAGCGCGUCUAUUAUAUAUCUUUGGAAUUUCACAUGGGACGAGCAUUAUCAAAUUGUAUGAUUAAUUUAGGCAUUAAGAAUACUGUCGAUGAAGCUCUGUAUCAAAUGGGUUUGAAUGCUGAAGAAUUAGAAGAACUUGAAGCAGAUGCAGCACUAGGCAAUGGCGGUCUUGGACGAUUGGCUGCUUGUUUUCUCGAUAGUAUGGCUACAUUAGGACUUUCCGGAUAUGGUUAUGGUCUUCGAUAUGAUUAUGGUAUUUUUCAACAAAAAAUUACAAAUGGCUAUCAAGAUGAAUAUCCAGAUAAUUGGUUAAGAUUUUUAAAUCCAUGGGAAAUAGCUCGGCCAGAACAUCUUAUACCUGUUCGAUUCUAUGGUAAAGUUAUUAAUGAUGAAAAUGGAAAAAAGAAAUGGAUCGAUGCAGAAAUUGUUCAUGCUACGCCCUAUGAUACACCCAUACCGGGUUAUAAUAAUAAUGUAGUUAAUACAUUACGUUUAUGGUCAGCAAAAGCUCUAGGUGUAUUUAAUUUUCAAUUAUUUAACGCCGGUGAUUACAUUCGUGCUGUUGCUGACGAAAGUUUAACAGAAAACAUUACUCGAGUAUUAUAUCCAAAUGAUAAUUUUGAUGAAGGAAAAAUUCUUCGUUUAAAACAAGAAUAUUUUUUAGUAUCAGCAUCAUUACAAGAUAUUAUUCGACGUUUUAAAGAUUCAAAAUUAUUUUCAAUUUCAAAUAAAAAAAUUGAUUUUACAUAUUUUCAUGAAAAAACAGCUAUUCAAUUAAAUGAUACACAUCCAACAUUAACUAUUGCUGAAUUAAUGCGUUUAUUAAUUGAUGAAGAAAAUAUUGAAUGGAAUGAAGCAUUUGAUAUAACGAAAAAAGCUGUUGCUUAUACGAAUCAUACUCUAUUAUCUGAAGCACUUGAACGAUGGUCCAUUGAAAUGUUUAAAAAACUUUUACCACGACAUUUUGAAAUUAUUACAGAUAUUAAUUUACAUCAUUUGGAUGUAAGAAAACAUUGA